AUGCAAAAUGAGACAUCAGAGCGAUUGGAUGAUCAAUCACAGACAGCCGGACCGUCAAAUGAUAAUAAAGCUCCGGCCAGCGCGCCAUCCCCGAAGACCAAUGAUUUCCUGUCCAUUCUAAAGGACAGGUCGCAGCUCACGUCGCAGCUGUCGUCGCUGCUUUUGCCCGCGCCGGGCUGUUCCUCGCCCGAGCCAUCCACCUCCUCGUCUCCGACCGGCACCGAUAAGACAGACAACCACGACCUGUUCAUCAGAAACGUGGCGGAUAUGAGACGCGAGGACGAAAGAAUCAAGACCUUCGACAACUGGCCGGUUCCGUUCCUCUCGCCGGAACUACUAGCGAAGAAUGGGUUCUACUACCUCAAGAGAGGCGAUGAAGUCCGCUGCGCCUUCUGCAAGGUGGAAAUCAUGAAGUGGAUGGUCGGCGACGAUCCCGCCACGGAUCAUCAGCGCUGGGCGCCUCAAUGUCCUUUCCUAAGGAGGCAGGCGGCCUCCGGGAACGUGCCAUUAGAAGACGGGGGGCGCGACGAGUGCGGCGUACACGUACCUCCGCCUGCACCCACGCCUGUGAGAAUGCCGGGACCCAAACACCCGCAUUACUCCUCGGAAGACGCCCGGCUUAGAACAUUCAGCGACUGGCCGCGGAGCAUGCGUCAGAAACCGGAAGAACUCGCCGAAGCCGGGUUCUUCUACACCGGCCAGGGAGAUAAAACUAAAUGUUUCUACUGCGACGGCGGGCUGAAAGACUGGGAGAACGAUGAUGUUCCCUGGGAGCAACACGCGCGCUGGUUCAGUCGGUGCGCUUACGUACAGCUCGUGAAGGGUAGAGAGUACAUACAGAAGGUGAUAUCUCAGGCUGAAGCGGUGAGCAACACGAACAAGGAAGACACAGAGCAGAAGUUUGAGACUAAACCCAAGGACAAGCAAGGGAGCGAGGACGAUAGUAAACUGUGCAAGAUCUGCUACAACGAAGAGCUGAACAUAUGUUUCGUUCCAUGCGGCCACGUGGUCGCGUGUGCCAAGUGCGCGCUCUCCACCGACAAGUGCCCAAUGUGUCGUAGGACGUUCACUAACGCCGUUCGUUUGUAUUUCUCGUGA